AUGACGGUCACUUACACCGCCAGAGUUGCCAAUGCGCGUUUCUGCGGCUUCUCCAAACUCCUGCUGGCGUGGAAGGGAAGCAUCUAUAAAGUACUUUACAAGGAGUUUCUUGCCUUCUUCGCCAUGUACACGGCAAUCAGCAUCUCUUACAGAUUCCUUCUUGUGGAUGUUCAGAAGAGAUAUUUUGAAAGGCUUUCCAUAUACUGCAACAACUAUGCCAGUCUUAUCCCAAUGUCUUUUGUAUUAGGUUUUUACGUGACGUUAAUAGUCAACCGAUGGUGGAAUCAGUACACUUCGAUCCCGCUGCCGGACAGGAUCAUGUGUACGCUCUCGGGGGGAGUGCAGGGUGGGGACGAGCGUGGCAGAUUGCUGCGACGCACGCUGAUGCGCUACACGAGUCUAUCUGCGAUCCUGAUCCUGCGUUCCGUCAGCACAGCCGUGUUUAAGAGAUUCCCCACUAUGGAUCAUGUGGUUGAAGCAGGUUUUAUGACAAGAGAGGAGCGUAAAAAGUUUGAGAGUUUGCACUCGCGCUAUAAUAAGUAUUGGGUCCCUUGUGUAUGGUUCAUUAACCUGGCAGCAGUCGCUCGCUGUGAGGGCAGAGUUAAAGAUGAUCAUACGUACAAACUCCUCAUUGAGGAGCUGAACAAUUUUCGAGGGAAGUGCAGCAUGCUUUUUCACUAUGACAUGAUCAGUGUACCAUUGGUCUACACACAGGUUGUGACUCUGGCAGUGUACAGUUUCUUCCUGGUGUGUUUGAUUGGUCGUCAGUUUCUAGACCCUAGCCAGGGUUAUCCAGGUCAUGACCUUGACCUUUAUGUUCCUGUCUUUACCCUUCUGCAGUUCUUCUUCUAUGCUGGCUGGUUGAAGGUUGCAGAGCAGCUCAUUAAUCCAUUUGGAGAGGAUGAUGAUGAUUUUGAGACCAACUGGCUGAUUGAUCGAAACUUCCAGGUGUCUAUGAUGGCAGUAGAUGAGAUGUAUGGAGAUCUGCCAAAGAUGGAGAGGGAUCGAUACUGGAAUGACUCGAACCCUCGUCCGCCCUACACAGCUGCUACACUGUUUGUGCUGCGCAAACCGUCUUUCCAGGGCUCCACUUUUGAUAUGGCAAUUCCUAAGGAAGAGAUGCAUUUCCAGCCUCUGGAGGAGAUCGCAGAGAACCUGGAGAAAUCUGUGAAACGAAAUCACAACCUUGGUCUCUUCAACCGGUUGCUCAGCUCCGCCCCCUCUCCCACAGGCUUCAUGGGCGGAGCUUUGCGGCGCACCUCUGCCCAGCUCCAAAGAUUGACACGUCCUGUCAGCCCGGAUCCUUCCUUCUCUGAUGAAGAGGCGGAGAGAGAGGAGAGCAUGACGAGAAGUGUAGGAACAGUUGGUUCGACGCCUUCCGUACUUGGAUUAGACACCACCCAGAGCACCAUCUGCAGCUGUGGAGGAUUUAUUAACACCCACCCGGCACUGUUGGAUGUGGAGUUCAACAAACAAGAAGAUGAAGAGGACAGAGAGUGGAGCUGCUUUAAGAAUAAUGAAGAAGAAAACAAAGGUGCAAUUUUUUCGGAGAAAGAAUCACUUGUGCCAAAAAUACUACCACCUACAUUGCAGACGUCAACAGGCAGGAACAAGCAAAGACAGCAUCAGCAGCCCACAACAGACCGACAAAGUCUUCUCGCUCUGGACCAAGGGAAGCCUCACCUCCACACUUCAGGUCCCAACAAAGGCACUGUGCCCGACAUUUUCUCCUGUCAGGUUAUGACACCAAAUACAAAAGCAGAAUCUAGUGUAUCUUUACUAACUCUUCCGUCACUUGAGGUGUUGGCAAUAUCUGAUGAUUUUGAAAGAGAGCUGAUGGUGGCAGAUUAAAAAUGAUCCCCUUCCAACAAUCAAACUCAAUGGGUAAAUGUUGGGUCAUAGGUCAAGGGGUCAGUCAGAAAGAUUGUGGCACAAAACUUGAUCUUUUUGUCAACUUCAUCUUCCCUAGAGUAAAAAAACGUGUUUAUGUACACUUCCAGUUAAGAGUUUGAACACAUCUAAAAAAACUUUAUAUAGAAAUAAUGAUAGAUCUUUAUUUUGCAGACCUGUUUCACUUGUACAUACUGUGUACUUAUAGUUUAAUUAUUAAAUUAUUAUAGUUAAUAUUAUAACAGGGUAAUAACUAGGUACUAAACAUGAACCUACCCCUUAACCUAACCGUAUCCAAUGUAGUUACUUUAUAUUACCCAGAACUUUCUAAGGCAAGUACACGGUUAGUACACUAUAGGUACAUACUGUAAAAUAAAGUGCAAAAUAAUCCAGUUUAAUCAAAAGUCUUUUAUGUAACGUACAUGUGUCCCUACUUUUGUUGGGUAGUGUAAAUAAAAUACAACUGUAUCGGCUGUUUUGCAAAGAAUGAAUAAUGCAAUACUGAAUACAAUAUUUUUUUAUAUAAUCUUAAAAUUGAAAUUAAUGUAAAAAAAUGACAGGAAAAAUGUCAGUAAUCAGCAUUGAAUGCUUAGAGUUUUGUAUAUUCUUGCACUUUUUUAUUUUAAUAUCCAUAUAAAAUAGAGUAACAUGUACACUAAUAAGUUCAACUGAUAUUUUUUUUAAAUAUAGCUUUAUUAGUUGUAUUGUUAUAGAAAUAUAACAAUAAGAUAACAAUAGGGAAACGUAAAAAAUAUAAUGUAAAUUUCUGAUCAAUAUUAAUAAUCCUAACAUCUUUCCAACCCUUACUUUAAAUUGUACAGAACCUUUCCCUAGGGGGCAGUAUUGCAUCAUUCUAAAACUUAAACUCUGUGGAUCUGCUAUUUGAAUAGAAAGAACUAAACUGU